UUUGCCUAGCGCCUCUUGGCGGCGUAACUUUCGCGUGCACCUCCUUGUCCACCGCCACGUCCCGUGCGUCUCCGCCUGCUCGCACCGCCCGCGUCCUGUCCCGGGUCUCGCUCUGAGACUGUAAACCGGGAAAAAGAAGACGUUUAGGAGCUCGCACCGUUUUUCUAAAGAAAGGCCAGUUUCAUACCGAGAGUAAAAAAGGCACAAUCUCGGAAUAAGGAAUUUUUGGAUGCCUUCUGGUUUGAAGACUCCAGCUGCUCUGAUGAUAGCUUAAAAAGACUGCAUGCUGUUCCCUCUCAAUGCCAAGCCAGGCCUGCGCAGAAUCUCGGAUCUCAGUCCUUCAUGGAGACCAGGUCCCAGCAGGAAUGACAGUGGAAGAAAUUGGCACCCAGAUGGUUCCUCCGCAUGAAGCUGUCUUGGGCUGUGGGCCGGCUCGAGAACACCUGGUCACCAGGCUAGCCCUCUGUCAGUCACCCAGGGCCAGGCAGCAUGGUGUGGAUUCAGAGGAGGAAGCUUUUGGCAUCUUGCCUAUGCAUCAUGGCCACCGUCUUUCUGCUUGUCACACUCCAGGUCGUGGUCGAGCUGGGAAAAUUUGAAAGGAAGAAGUUUAAAAUUUCCAGUUUGCGAAAUGGACAGGCAAAAGUGGAAGAGGAGCCUGCAGGUCUCUAUCCGUUCCCCAGGAGAGAAGCACGGAUCUUGACCAGGAAAACCCAACGGGACACUGAGAGCUACCCCAUCAUGCUUUGGUGGUCCCCACUGACUGGUGAGACCGGAAGGCUUGGCCAUUGUGGGGCAGACGCGUGUUUCUUCACCAUCAACAGGACCUUCCUACAUCAUCCCAUGACCAAAGCCUUCCUCUUCUAUGGCACUGACUUUAAUAUAAAUAGCUUACCUCUGCCUCGGAAAGCCCAUCACGACUGGGCCCUUUUUCACGAAGAGUCUCCGAAAAACAAUUACAAGCUCUUCCACGAGCCAGUCAUCACCUUGUUCAACUACACUGCCACGUUCAGCCGGCAUUCCCACUUGCCCCUGACCACCCAGUACUUGGAGGGCGUAGAAGUCCUGAAGUCACUCCGAUACCUGGUCCCCUUGAGGUCCAAAAACAACCUUCGAAGCAGACUUGCUCCGCUGGUGUACGUCCAGUCAGACUGUGACCCGCCGUCAGACAGGGACAGCUAUGUCCGAGAGCUGAUGACUUACAUCGAGGUCGAUUCCUAUGGGGAGUGUUUACGAAACAAAGAUCUCCCUCAGCAGCUGAAAAACCCAGCUUCUAUGGAUGCUGAUGGCUUUUACAGGAUCAUUGCACAGUACAAGUUUAUCCUUGCUUUCGAGAACGCGGUGUGUGACGAUUACAUCACUGAGAAGUUCUGGAGACCCCUGAAGCUGGGGGUAGUCCCUGUGUACUACGGGUCCCCCAGCAUUGCAGACUGGCUCCCGAGUAAUAGAAGUGCUAUUCUCGUAUCGGAAUUUGCUCACCCUAGAGAGCUGGCAAGUUACAUCAGACAGCUGGACCACGACGACAGCCUGUACGAGGCCUACAUAGAGUGGAAGUUGAAGGGUGAGGUCUCCAAUCAGCGACUUCUCGCAGCACUCAGGGAACGGAAAUGGGGUGUGCAGGAUGUCCGCCAGGAUAACUACAUCGAUGCCUUCGAGUGUAUGGUGUGCAGCAAGGUGUGGGAUAACAUCCGGCUUCGGGAAAAGGGUUUACCACCUAAAAGAUGGCAGGCCGACGUGAUGCACCUGAGUUGCCCGGAGCCUGCGGUGUUUGCUUUCUCACCUCUGGCUCCUCGCCGGAGCUCUUUGCGGGAGAUGUGGAUACCAAGCUUUGAGCAAUCCAAGAAGGAAGCCCAGGCACUAAGGUGGCUGGUUGAUAGGAAUAAAAAUUUUUCAGCUCAAGAGUUUUGGGCCCUGGUUUUCAAGGACUAACUUCUAGAAGGAUCAGAAUGAUAUAGACUAGUGCUCUCCUGAGGUUCAUUUUCUAGGUUGCCUUAAUACAUGAGUAUCAUAGCUACUUGGUUGACUAUCCUUUAGGAUAAGGAGUACUUGCUGUAGUACUCAUAAUGAGCCCUCUCAGAUAAUGGAUGUGAAUUACCCUUAGGGGUCACCUCUGUAUUUUUUAUACUAAAAAAGUAAAUAUUUCUUAUGGUCACCUUCCACUGACAUGUCUGGACCGAUGUACCUGCUGCCUUUUGUAGACAUUCAGCUAAUGUGGAGUGAAUGUUUCCCUCCCUGCAUGGGAGGCAGAGGGUGGAGCUGUGAUUCUUGAUACUCACCUCACUGUCUGCAGUUUAUUAGUGUCUGGCAAGCCCAGGGUCCUGAUGCUGAAGCAUGAACAUGAAAUGCAUUAGAACUUGGCAAUGAGAGAUUCCAUCUGUUGGUUUCCAGGGAUGUAAGUGAGUAAUAAAAGCUGUGUGCAUUUUAUCCGCUUUUUCUCUUCAAGUCAGAAGAACGUAUGCCUGUCUGCCUUCUCCUUACUCUUACUACCUCUUUCUUUCCGUCUUGCCCUGCCCCCGCCCCCACUCCCCUCCGCCCCCAAAGUGGAAUGUCUUACGAAGAUGUGCCUCCUCCUUGUUUGUUUUGAACAGUGAGAUGUUCUCAAUGGUCCCUUCUCCUGCAGAGCAGAAUAAUGAUCUUGAGAUCGGACACCCUGUACCCUCUGAUCAAUGUGAGAAGGGAAGUGGGUGGCCCCCAGGAACUCCGGUUGUGUUGAAGGUGAUUUGUCUUCUCUUAGGCUGAUGUACAGCCUGUUGUAAUGGGCAGCCCGCUCUGGUAGGUGAGCCUUCCUGUCAUUUCUGAUCCCGGCACAGAGAAGUUAUGGCUGUCCUGUUAGGAGCACCUAUUGGAACUCCAUGAUAGACAAAGAGAUAGCGCUGGCUGGUGUUUUCUCCCCAUGUGGAGGUGGGGAGGCUGUUAGAGGAUCCUAAAGCCUGUUGCCACCAGAUGUGUCCUGGCUUUAGUGCUCUUUACUGUGGAAAGAUAUCAGCUCCUGAAGACAGGAAGGGUCUCUGAUUCUUAUGUCCCUGACAUGGCAUGUGGGUGAAACUCAAGAUGGCUCCCGUGGUGCCAGCUCUCCCUUGACCCCAGGGCAGUGCCUUUAUGAGCCAGCCGUGCCCAGUCUCUUCCAUGAGGAGCUCUCUCCCUGGCUGUGUGCAGGGGUAAGGAGGAAACCGGGUUCAUUCAUUCAGGAGCAAGAAAGUUCACAUUGCUGGAUGGGAUGCCGUUCUGUGACUGGGUUUUUCUCAAUCCCAGCACUGCCAUUAACUGAACAUGAUUCACUACAACUCUCUUAACUUCCCCAGCCUUUCGUUUUUGUAC